AUAUCUUAUUUAUAAAACUUUUUAGCAAGUGUUUAGUUAUGCAAUCUUUAAGUGAAGGAAUUCGCCAACGUAAAACUAUAUCUAAAGGUUUUAAAGAUUUAGAUGCAUUUCCUAAAAUACCUGAAAGUUAUCAAGAGACUUCAGCAAGUGGUGGAACUGUUUCCAUUUUGGUUUUUUUAUUUAUUUCUAUGCUAGUUAUAUCUGAAUUUAUAUAUUAUAGUGGAUCCAUUUUAACUUACAAGUAUGAAGUUGAUAAAGAAGCUGAUAACAAGUUUCGUAUAAAUAUUGAUAUAACUGUUGCUAUGGAAUGUGAUGACAUUGGUGCUGAUGUGCUAGAUCUUUCUGGAGGUAAUGUUGAUACAGGUGAAAAUCUUCAUUUGACACCUGCUCAUUUUUCAAUGAGUUCAAAUCAAAAGCAGUGGUGGGAUGCAUUUCGAUCAGCUCGCAAAAGUGAUGAAGGGUAUCGAUCCAUCAAUAAAGUAACACAGAUUGAUAUGAUAUUUGGUGAUGUAAUGCCAACAUAUAUGCCAGAUGAAAUAGAAUCUGAGUUUGAAGGAAAAGAGUUUGAUGGUUGUAGAAUAUACGGAAAUAUUGAAGUAAAUAAAGUUGCUGGAAAUUUUCAUAUAACAGCUGGGAAAUCUAUUCCUCAUCCGCGUGGCCAUGCUCAUUUAAGUGCUUUAGUUUCUGAACUAAAUUACAAUUUUUCUCAUCGCAUAGACAUGCUUUCUUUUGGGGAACCCCAUCCUGGUAUUAUAAAUCCUUUAGAUGGGGAUCUUAUGAUUACUACCACCCCAUAUCAUAUGUACCAAUAUUAUAUAGCAAUUGUACCCACAACAAUUCAAACUUUGAAAAACACAAUAAAAACAAAUCAAUACUCAGUAACUCAAAGGUCUCGUCAGUUAAACCUUAAUUCUGGAUCUCAAGGUGUACCAGGUAUAUUCUUUAAAUAUGAUUUUAAUGCUAUAUCAGUAUCUGUAAACGAAGAGCGUCGUUCUUUUAAUGAGUUUCUUAUUCGAUUGUGUGGAAUUAUUGGCGGUGUUUUUGCAACAUCUGGAAUGCUACACUCAGCUAUUGGUGCGUUAGCGGAUAUUAUAUUAUGUCAGAUGAGGCAGAAAAGAGGCAAAAUGUUUCAAACAGCAAAUAAUGUACAAAAAGAACAAUUUGAGGGUAAAACUCCAUUUGUACUAUUAAAACAUGACAACAUUAACUCACAACAUGUAUCUUUAGUUCAGCAAUAAUUUAUACUUUAUUAGCUGC